AUGAAAGAACCAAGAUCUUAUACCGAGAAAAAUAAAAGAGUUUAAAUUGAAUUUAAUACCAUUUAAGUCUUUUUAAACUUAAUUUUGCUUCUCUAUUUACAUUAUUUUACCAGAUAAGAAAAAUGUUAAAAUUAUGACUAUGAAUAAUUCAUAGAAAGUUUAAUUACUAAUUAGACAUUUAAGAAUAUAUUCAUUAAAUAAAUUAAUGAUAUUUAAGAAUCGUUUUGUUUAAUUUAAUUUGAGAAUAAUAUUGAACAAAUAAAAUUAUUAUUGAAUAAUUUAAAAAAGUCAGAAAGUUUUGCUAAUGACGAACAUUAAAACAAUAAUUAAAUUAAUAUUCCAUAUAAUGAUAAAUUAAUCAAUUAGAAUAAUGAAAACCAUUAAUUUAAAUAAAUUAAAAAUAAUACAGAUAAGAAUGCAUAAUAGGAGAAUCUUUUUAAUAGUAAACUUAAUUAACCUUUAGAUCUAAAUUUAAAUAAUAAAGAUUAAUAAACAAUAUAAAAUAAAUAAAAAAUUAAGGAAAUAGAAACAUAUGAAGAAAAUCAAGCAAAAAUAAAUUAAUCAACUGAUUAAAAAAAAUAAAGUUAAUCUAUAAUUGGUAUUGAUUUAGGUAUGAAAUAUUCAAGUGUUUGUAUAUAUAGAAAUGGUUAAGUUGAAAUAAUAAAAAAUGAAUAUGGAUCAAUAAGAACACCUUCAAUUGUUGCAAUAUCAAAUGAUGAGUUUUUAGUUGGAGAAGAUGCUAAAAAUUAAGCUAUUUUAAAUCCAUAAAACACAUUUUAAAAUGUUAAGAGAAUAGUUGGAAAAAGGUAAAUAAUAUAAUUUAUAUAAAAAUAGAUAUUCAGAUCCUAUGGUGCAAUUACAAAUGAAAAAUGUUUCAUACGAAAUUGUUAAUAAUACUAAUAAACCUUAUAUUUAAGUUUCUGAAUAUUAAGGAUAGAGUCCAAAGUAAUUUAGUCCUGAAUACAUUCAAGCAAAAAUUGUAUCAAAAUUGAAGAAAAUAGCAGAAGAUUAUUUGGGAUUUGAAGUUAAAAAGGCUGUUAUUUCAGUUCCUGUUACUUUUAAUGAUGCUUAAAAAUAAGCUACGAAAGAUAUUGGAACUAUUGCAGAUUUAGAUGUUGUAUCAAUAAUAACUGAAUCAAAAGCUGCAGCAUUAGCUUAUGGUUUAGAUUACAGUUAAGAAAAAAAGAAUGUAUUUGUUAUUAAUUUUGGUGGAGGCACUUUAGAUAUUUCUGUUGUUGCUGUUUCUAAAAAUAAGUUUUAUGAUAUAACACAUGCUGGAGAAUCGUUUUUAGGAGGAGAAGAUUUUGAUUAAAGUUUAGUUAAUUAUUUUAAGUUUAAAAUUAAAGCUUCAAAAAAUAUAGAUUUAAGUAAUGAUAAAGAAGCAAUUCAAAAAUUACAAAUUGAAGCUUAAAGAGUUAAAGAAGCUCUAUCUGAAAAAGAAGAAGUUAAUAUUCAGAUCAACGAUGUGAUAAAAGGAUUUCAUUUUAUUGAUAAUAUUAACAGGUAAAGAUUUGAAGCAAUAAAUGAAGGAUUAUUUAAUAGGAUUAAAACAGCAUUAAAAACAGCUUUUGAGGAAUCAAAUUUAGAUAUAAAAGAUAUUCAUGAAGUCAUUCUUGUUGGAGGAUUGAAUAGAAUCCCAAAAAUAUAAGAAAUUAUUUAAGAAUUCUUUAAAGGAAUACCAAUUAGGAAGGAUAGAAUAAAUGAUGAAUUAAUUUGUGCUGGAGCUGCUAUUAGAGGUGGUAUAAUAAGUUAAAAAAUGCCAUAUAAAUACAUUUAAAUUAUUGAAGUAGAAAGAACUUCAAUUAGUUUUGGUGUAGAAACAGUAGGAGGAUAUAUGAGUAAAAUUAUUCCAAAGGGGACUAUAUAUCCAACAAAGCUUUCUAAAAAAUAUACUAUUAAUCAUGAUUAUUAAGAAGAAAUCUUAAUAUAAAUAUAUUAAGGUGAAUCAUAUAGAACUUUAGACAAUGAGAAAAUAGGAGAAUUUAUUUUAUCUGGUAUAUAAAGAGCUAAAAAAUAAAUACCUUAAAUAGAAGUCACAUUUGAAUUAGAUUUAAAUGGAAUUCUAGAUGUUACAGUUAUUGAUCUAGAUACAAAGAGUUAAUAAAAACAUAUCGUAACAACCAAUAAAAUGAGAUCCUCCCAGGAAGAAAUUGAAUAAUAAAAGGAAAAUAAUAAGAGAGAACAAGAAAAAUUGUCGUAUAAAAGAGAAUCAACAAUUAGAGUUCUUGAUCUGUAUAUCAACAGAUACUAAAAUUAGUUUUAAGUAUAAAUAUUUAAUUAGUUAGUCAUCUGAUUUUGAGAAACUUUGGAGUAAAGAUGAAUUAGAUUCUAUGAAAGCUAUGAUCUCUGCUAUUUCAAAAUGGUUUCAAUAAAAUAAAAACGAUAAAAAAAUUAAAACUUAAGAAUUUGAAGAAUAGCUGUAAAAUUUUAAAAGGUAAUACAAACAUGUAAUUUAGUAGAAUCGAAUAAAAAAUAAAAGAAAAAAUCAAAUAAAUGGAAAACCCAUCUGAAGUAAAAGAAUAUUUAUGA